GUGCUGCUGGAGUCAGUAACUCUGAGCACGUUUCUGCUAAACACAACGGUUUGUGAUCCCCUGAUGUCUUGGACAGAGUUAUUUGGGACAGCUGAAGAUGACUAUACCACCUGUGACCACCGGACAGAUUCUUAUUCUUUCUGGACAUCCGUCCACCCGGAACACUGGAGUAAGCACAGCACCUGUGAAUGUUUGCAGUUUUGCUGUGACCAGUACUAACUAGAUGCCAACUGCAUUACCUUUUUCCGCUUUAAUAGUGACGGCUUGCAGUUGUGCAGCACAGCCCAGGAAGAUGCUGCAGGCAUUUGUGGCAUAUACUUGUAUUUCAUCUCAUAGAAUAUCGGGAUGCACAGCAUUUCCUUUGUUACUGAUGCAGAAGAAUCAAAGCCAGCCAGCAAGGACUGUCAGUAA